UGGUUGAAUUCAGCUAACCAGCUUAGAUUACCGGUAUAUAUCUUAUUGUAGCAUAAUUUGAUCUCCUUUACCCAACAUUGUACCUUCUCCCAACAACCACGUACCCUAGUUAUCCCUAAUUCACCUACGCUGACGUGUCUUGUUUAUAAAGUUGUACACUUUUUAAAAUGACAACGUGAAAAAAAUUAUUUAUAGUUUUUUCUAGCUGAGCAAGAACUAGUCGCAGAUGCCGCGACGGUUUUUAUGUCCCUGGACAAACUUCCCUGUGUCAUUCAAUUUCAAAAUGGCAUUCACCCCAUCUCAGAAUCAAAGUGCCACAGAUCCAGCAAAGAAAAACAACCACAAUGGGAGGUACCUUAUCCUUGUAGCAAUUGCCAUUAUCUUUGUGAUAAUUUUGAUGAUAACAAUGGAUGUUCAUAAAGACAAGUCAAGACCAAAGUUUAAUGUUGUUGCGGGAAACAACUUGUGGAUACACAACAAGGACUCUAAAUAUCAUUAUGGUAUAGUACUAGACUGCGGAAGCAGUGGAACAAGAGUUUUUAUUUAUUAUUGGCCUGAUCACAAUGGCAACCCUGAACACUUGUUAAAUAUUCAACAAAUGAUUGAUCGAGAUGGAAGACCUGUUCGGAUGAAAGUCCGUCCUGGCAUUUCAACAUAUGAAGACAAACCUCAAAAUGCAUCGAGUUACAUCUAUCCACUGCUAAGACAUGCAGCAAAUCACAUACCAAAGUCAAAACAUUCAGAAACACCUCUGUAUAUCCUAGCUACGGCUGGCAUGAGAUUGCUACCCAAGAAAAAACAAAAUGCAAUCAUCAAUAAUCUUGUCACAGAUAUUCCUUUGCAUUUUGAUUUUCUUUUCUCAUCCACUCAAAUUGAAGUGAUAACUGGGAAACAAGAAGGUAUUUAUGCCUGGAUAACCAUCAAUUAUGUUCUUGGAAGAUUCAAUCAUUCCAAUGAUCGUCAUCAUGGCAAUACAAGUUCUACACGAAAACGAACUGUUGGUUCUCUUGACAUGGGUGGUGCCUCAACGCAAAUCACUUUCGAAGUACCUCAGUCGGAGAAGCUUCCAGCUCACCUAACAACGCAGGUGAACCUAGGAUGUGAUUCUCAUAUGACCACUCAUAACUACAAACUUUAUGUCGCGACGUUUCUCGGCUACGGCGCAACCACUGCCCGAAUUCGAUAUCUGGAUACGAUCCUCAGGAAAGGAAAUAAUACGGUUCACAGCCAUUCCCGGAUCUACCACGAUCCGUGUUUACCAGCGGACAUUCGGAUAAGAGGCAACCACGAGGGAAUACGAUAUCAUUUGAAAGGCACGGGGAACUUUGAAACCUGUCGGGAAAGGCUGCUGCCGUUGCUAAACAAAUCUGAACCAUGUCGCUCACCUCCUUGCUCUUUCAACGGCGUUCAUCAGCCCCAAAUUUCGUUCAACACAACUGAGUUUUAUGGAUUCUCGGAGUAUUGGUAUUCUGUUAACGAUGUUUUGAGGUUGAAAGGUGUCUAUAACUCGCAGAAAUUCGAUAUAGCGUCCAAGGACUUCUGUAAAACGACCUGGCCCGUUUUGUACAAAAGAUUCAAAAGUCGCUUGUAUCCAUUUGCUGAUGAGCAUAGGUUUAUGUAUCAGUGCUUCAAAUCAGCUUGGAUGACGAGCGUUACUCACGACGGUUUUAAAUUUCCGCGAGCGUACAGAAAAUUACAUCCGACGUUUAUGAUUGAAGGGAAAGAAAUUCAGUGGACUUUGGGCGCCAUUUUGUAUCGAACGCGCUUUCUUCCAUUGAGGGAAAUGCAAGUGCAAUCCAAAGUUGCAUCGAACUCUUACCAAUCUUGGGUGAAUAUUGGCGACUCCGGUUUCAAAGCAAUUGUUUUUGUAUGUUCCGGAGUCGUUUUGUUUUCAAUUUACAUCAUAUUUACUAGACCCAGACUCCUAUCGCCUUCAGGGCGAGCUUCGUCUUCGUCGACCAAGGUCGUUAGUAGAACUCCAAACUACCCGACUGACUAUAGGAUAUCAUUGUAACAGUAGAAUAUCAUAAAGAAAUUACGAAAUGUUUAUAUAGAGAAUGAUACAUGGAUGCGCGGAAAUAUGGAAUUUAUUUCGAGUGUUGAGAAUGAUAGCGAACAAGUGAGAUAUCUUUCUCAA